AUGUCGAGCAGGUAUCACAAAGCAGCGGCCGAUGGCAAUGUGGACCUGUUGAAAGAGGCCACCAGGAAAGACCUCAACACUUCUGAUGAAGAUGGGAUGACUCCCACCCUUCUGGCAGCCUACCACGGGUACCUGGAAGCUCUGGAAGUCAUUUGCCGGAGGGGGGGUGACCCAGACAAGUGUGACAUCUGGGGGAACACGCCCCUGCACCACGCUGCCUGCAAUGGCCACAUCCACUGCGUCUCUUUUCUGAUCAGCUUUGGUGCCAACAUCUUUGCUCUGGACAACGACCUGCGCACUCCCCUGGAGGCAGCGGCCAGCAGGGACCGCAAGGAGUGUGUCCAGAUCCUGGACAAAGCUGCCACUGAGCAGAACUUGCUGAAUCCAAAGAAGGUCUCCAAACAAAAGGCACAGGCCCAGAGGAAUGUUGAGAGACAAAUCAAGGAAUGUGAGAAGCGCCAGGAGAAACAUCAACAUGAAAUGAACCGGAAUUAUAUUAAAGAAAAGGUUGGCACAGUGAAUUCUUCCAAAGGAACCCACUCCAGGGUAAAGUUGCCCGGUCUAUUUGCUUCAAAUACCACAAGUACUUUAACCAAAAACCUGAAAGAUACCUUGAAACUCAAGACGAAAAAGACAGCAGACAGCACAAGAAGGCAGGAAACUCAAAGAAAUGACCAAGAGGAUGAUAUGGGCAGGAAAAGUGUGAUGCAUUUGUUUGAUGAGAAAGAGGAGGAUGAAUUACUGAAUGACCUUGGAGAGAAAAACCUUGCUGGUAAUGACAGUCAGCUCUCCAUUUUUCAGCGGCCAGGUCUUGGCAAGAUUGUGUUUGGAAGAAAUUUGGCUGCAGAGGUAAAUCCUGAAACUGCGUCUUCUGAGAAAGAAGGUAUAAGAGUUACAAUAGCCAGUGAGCUCUUUCAGUAUGAAAAUACAGAGAAUGGCAGGGAAGAUGAUGCUGAAAACAGUGCUGAUGUCCCUUGGAAUGAGGAAGAAGUCGUUUGGGAUGAUGAGGAAAUAGAGAAUACGCCCCUUGAGGUAUUUCUGGCAUCACAGAUGCUGGAUGAGUUUCUUCCAGUCUUCAUGAGGGAAAAAAUUGAUUUAGAUGCCCUGAUGCUGUGUUGUGAUGAAGAUCUACAGAGCAUUCAGAUGGAGCUUGGGCCAAGAAAGAAAGUCCUGAAUGCUGUGAAUAAAAGAAAACAGGCACUCGAGAACCCUGGGAAAACUGUAGAUACUUGCUUAUAA